UUCGUCACCCCCAAAGUUCGCAAAUAUUCGGUCACACGACAAAAGAACAAAGAGUUUGCUAUCAAUCAUCACAGUAUCCAAAACGAAACAAGGGAUUAAAACACAUCGUAAGCAAAGCGAGCCUUACAAGCCAAGCAAUUGUGAACCUUCCUAAUCGUGUCGCCACUCGACUCAGCCACACACACUCAUACACUCACACACUCACUUUCUCUCUUCCCCAAAACUCACCGAUAUCGAUUCGUGACUUCCCCCAAGUUCUGAUUUUUGAGCCGAACCCAUCAACAAUGCCUCGAUUGCAUGCUAAUUACUCUGUUUAAUCUGCCUAUUUGAUUGGAAUUUUAGGAUUUUAAGCAAAAUUGAAAGAAACCCAAUUGCGAUAAGAACAAGAGAAGCUCAGAGAGCUAUGCUUCCUCUGCCUCCCAUUGAUCUCAAAGAUGUUCGGCAGAAGCUCGCCACCCAUUUCAGGCCAUGGCAGCGUUCACUUCAGUUCUGGGUUCGAGCUGUUGACAUCUACACUGGCUACAAGGCGUUUCAGCUGAGAGUGAGUUUGGUGAAGGAUGCGAAGAAACAAGAGGAAAUGUGGGAGAGGCAGCAUGAAUUUGCAGCUGAGAAGAUAUAUGCAAUGUGCUCGGACCUUGGCGGUUUCUUCCUCAAGGUUGCCCAAAUUGUCGGGAAGCCAGACUUGGCCCCAGCUGCAUGGGUGAAAAGGCUUGUUACAUUGUAUGAUCACGCUCCUGCAACCCCAUUUGAUGCUGUGCAACUUAUGUUGGAGAUGGAGUUGGGUCGAAAUGUUGGCGAAGUGUUUGAAAGAUUCGAUGUGGAUCCUCUUGGCUCUGCCUCAAUUGCACAGGUUCACCGAGCAAGAUUGAGAGGUGAUAAAACUGAUGUUGUUGUCAAGGUGCAACAUCCUGGAGUUCAGGACCUAAUGAUGACAGAUAUCCAUAACCUCCAAGCCUUCGCUUUAUAUAUGCAAAAGACAGAUAUCAAAUUUGAUCUAUACUCUGUAACUAAGGAAAUGGAGAAACAGAUUGGAUAUGAAUUUGAUUUCAUGAGGGAGGCUGAUGCUAUGGAAAGGAUUAGACGUUUUUUGUAUGAGAAUAACAAAAGGAGUCCUGUUUUGGUGCCACGACUUAUACGUGAUAUGGUCACUAGGAGAGUCUUAGUUAUGGAAUAUAUUGAUGGAACCCCAAUCCUGAACCUUGGUGAUGAAAUUGCGAAAAGAGGCAUAAACCCUGGUGGUAAGAUUGCAGUGGCCGCAAAGCAGAAAAUCCUUCAAAGCUUGACACUAGCAUAUGGACAAAUGAUUUUGAAGUCCGGUUUCUUCCAUGCAGAUCCUCAUCCAGGAAAUAUUCUAAUUUGUAAAGGCUCGGAGGUUGCCUUGCUGGACUAUGGCCAAGUGAAAGAUCUACCCAAUGAGUUGAGACUUGGCUAUGCUAACCUUGUUCUUGCCAUUGCUGACGGUGACCCUAUUAGAGCAUCGGAGAGCUACAGGGAGCUUGGCAUAGAAACCUUAAGCAAAUGUGAAAAUGAACAGCAUGAAAUGUUGAAGUUGGCACAGACAAUGUUUGACACAAAAUUACCCCCCGGAGUGACGAUGCUGCAGCCUUUUUCUGACGAAUCUUCAAUUAAAAAAAUUGCAGUUCAGGGUUUUCCAGAGGAGUUGUUUUCUGUACUUCGGACAGUGCAUCUCCUGAGAGGACUUAGCGUCGGUUUGGGAAUCAACUACUCAUGUGCAGAACAAUGGAGACCAAUUGCAGAAGAAGCUUUGUUCCGUGCUGGGAGAUUAAAAGGUAGGCCUAUCAAAGCCAGUAGUCGUAGGCGCGGUUUAUCGAGGUUAUUCAGGAGAGACUGAUUAUCUUGUAAGAAGAGGUAGCCUUUUACUGAUAUAGUGAUAGUGUUUUUCCUGAUUGUGUGAUUAAUGUUAAACGUAAAGGACGAAAAUUCAAUUCAUCCAAUGGUGUAUAUUCUGUAUUCGUUAUGUAAUUAUGCUCUCACUUCUAUUCUA